AUGAUGCCCUCAACGUGGACAACGACAGUGCUCAUCAUUGUGGCCGGGUCGGUGCUUACGGAAGGCGCCACUACCCCUGUUCGAUCACCCUCCUCCCUCGCCAGGUUCCUCGCUCCUGUCGUUAGGCAUCGGCUCGAGGAAGGCCGCCUCCCCCCCGCCCUGGUCGAGGAACUGGUGGCCGACUUCGAAGACCCCGAGCUCAUGGACUUCCACGACGCCGACAAACGCCAGUUCGACGAGUAUGGACACAUGAGGUUCGGCAAGCGCGCUGGUGGCAGCGGUGGCGUCGGCGGCGAGUAUGACGACUACGGCCACUUGCGCUUCGGCAGGAGUCUCAGCACCAUGACCACGUCAGCAGGCAGCAGCAGGAGCAACAGCGGAGACAGCAACGACCGCUACAACCACCACCACCACCACUACCACCAACUGGACGCCUCCGCUUCCUCGCGAGGGCACUAA